GGUACGAGGAGGGGGCUCUGUAUGUGAAGACCCAGACAAUGUGUGUUUGUAUUGGGAAUACUCUCAAAGCUGUAAGAUGAUGGAGUAUUCUCUGCGAGAGUACCGUGACUCAGACUAUGCUGUGGUUCAUGAGGUGUACUCCACAGGGUUCAGAGAACACAGCCGCGCCAUCUUCGUCAUGGUUCUUCGGAGGCUCCGGGUCCAGGCGGUUCUGUUUGCUGUGUUCCUCGCCCUCCUGGAGCUCUCUGGCUCCCUCCUGACAGCAAUGCUGGGGGUCUCCGGGGGCCUGUUGGCCAUUCGGGUGUCCGUGCAGUGCCUGCUCGAGCAGGGCGUACGCCUGGGCCUCAGCGAGGACCUCCAGAACAUCCGUGCGUCCUACAUGGAUCCCAGCCGAGUCGCCCGCUUCUGGGUGGCAGAGGUGCAGGGCAUCCUAGUGGGCACAGUGGCCAUCCUUCCCUGCGUGGAGGAGAGAGGGGCCUGGGAGCUGAAGAGGAUCACAGUGCUCAAGAGAUCCAGGGGACGAGGCAUUGGCAAGGCCCUCUGCCAAACCGCCAUGGAGUUUGCAGCUAAUCAUGGUGUGGAAAGGGUGGUGCUGUUCACCUCCAUGGCCCAAUCAGAUGCGCACAGACUCUAUGAUAGUCUGGGCUUCAAGAAGGAGACAGAGUUUGUGUGGCCAUCAUUGCCAGCCAGGCUUGUUAAUUUCCUGGUGUAUAAAUAUGCCUACAAAGUUGGUGUUAGAACUGAGCAGAUGUUGAUCAGUUAUUGAGCCUGUCAUAAAGUUAUUGCUAUUGUUAAAAUAGACAUUUUCUCUCAUGCAUUGCACAUUGUUGGACACUUGUAAUGUCUGGAGCUUGAUAAGCCAGAUCUUUAUUUGUAACAUUACAAGGACAUUUAGCACUAUGUGUAUUCAAAAUAUGGCCACAUUUAGACACCUUUCCAUUGUUUCUCUUUACUUUGAAAACAGUCGUCUCAUGUGUUAGCUGAGUAGCCUAAUUGCUGUGUUUCCUGUCAUGUGAAGGAGUGCUGUUGAAGAUCAUCAGAUAACGGAUUCUUAUCUCCGCUAGCCUAAUGUUGGAGUUUAUUUGACACUGACAGUAAUAUAGGGUUUUAUUACAGUAUUUUUUUCAGGUGUUAUUACAUUGUUAGCCUACUCAUUUUUAUUUGCAUCAUUCUUAUAUCAAACACGUACUGUAUGCAUUAAUUCUCUGUUUUAAAAUAAUACAUGUACCUAUUGAAAUAUGUAUUGUAUGUGUUGAAAUAUUUGUAUUUAGACUACUUAACACUAUUAAGAGCUAUCCAUUAUAUAGACUACAUUAAAGCUACUGCAGGCUAUACCUACGGUAUCUGAGAAAUUAUAUGGGCACUUAAGCUCAUUUCAGCACCGGCCAGUUCCCUUCCAAAUGCUAUCAUGCAUAGGACAACAGGAAGUUGAGUGGUCUGGCUGGCUCCUGUGUCUUUUCCCAAGCUCUGGAGACAGCACUGUCAACACACAGCGCGUCAAUUAAAACGUUUAGAAUAAGAAGAAUUGGUGAAUAGAGAAUCAAGCAGAAAGAAAAGCAGUGAUGCAGUUUUAGCUCAUAAAAGGGUGUUAAUCCAUUGUGUGUGUGUGUGUGUGUGUGUGCA